AUGAACACUGCAGGUAACCUAGAGAGGAGAACCACGGAUUUCGCCUUCCUAAGCAUCCAGAGACGAGGCGACUUGUCCAGCUUGCAGUGGUAUGAAUCUCCACUCAAGUAUGCCUCCCCCUCCAGCAGGACUGUCGAAGACGGAAGGCUCUGCGAUGUGUACUAUGCACCGCUCAACUUGCGUGACGUGUUGCUGGCCACGGGAAAGAUUGCACCAGAGCCUAUUUCAGGCAAGCGGACCUCUUUAGACUGCGUCAUGGGCUUCGAGUUCUCAGGUAGAGACAGCCAAGGUCGCCGGGUUAUGAGCUUGGUGCCAAGCCAGGCCAUAGCCACCGUGGCCAUUGCGGAUCCGGACUUCACUUGGGAGAUUCCCGAAACAUGGAGCCUCAAGGACGCCUGCACCGUUCCGAUGGUCUACUCGACUGCAUACUACGCGCUGAUAAUGCGAGGUAACAUGCGGCCCGGCGAGUCGGUCCUGGUCCACUCGGGUAGCGGAGGCGUCGGACAGGCAGCCAUCGCCAUCGCCCUAUCCAUGGGGUGCACCGUCUUCACCACUGUCGGUUCUACGGAGAAGCGCGAGCUUCUCAAGCGCCGCUUCCCGCAGCUGGAAGAUCGACACUUCGCCAGCUCACGUGACCUCUCUUUCGAGGCGCGCAUACUGGACGAAACCAGGGGCAGGGGAGUUGACCUUGUCCUCCACUCACUGGCCGAAGAGAAGCUCCAGGCGAGCGUGCGUUGCCUGGCAGACCACGGCCGCUUCCUCGAAAUUGGGAAGUUCGACCUGUCCAAGAACUCACCCUUGGGCAUGUCCGGGCUUAUCCGGAAUUGCACGUUCCACGCCAUAACGUUGGACAGGGUGCUUGGCGACGAAGUCUACUUGGCCACUGACAAGUGCCGCCUCGUCGAAAUGGUUCGCGAUGGCAUCGCUUCCGGAGUCGUCCGUCCUCUGGACACCAUUCUGUUCACGCGAGACGAAGCCGAGGAAGCCUUCCAGUUUAUGGCUUCGGGGAAACACGUUGGAAAAGUUGUGAUACAGAUCAGGCCGGAGGAGAGUCAACGUUCCACCGCCCCAGCAAUGCCGCUGGCAGUAGAGGCCAUCGCGCGCCCCUGCUUCUUCGAGCACAAGUCGUACGUGAUUGCCGGAGGGCUGGGCGGCAUCGGCCUGGAACUCGCCGACUGGAUGGUGACUCGCGGAUGCCGCAAGCUUCUGCUCAUCUCCCGCUCAGGGCUGAGCACUGGAUACCAGAGGCUGUGCCUGCACCGCUGGCAUGGCGCGGGUGUCGAGGUGCUCGAGAGAAAGGCCGACGUCGCGGUCAUCGAAGAAGUUCGGGCGGUUAUCGAAGAAGCCGCCUCCAUGGGACCCGUCGGCGGGAUCUUCAACCUCGCCAUGGUGCUUCGCGAUGCUCUCUUCGAAAACCAGACGGUCGAGAAGUUUGAAGCAGUGUGCAAGCCAAAGGUGGCUGGCACGCAGCUCCUUGACCAGCUAUCGCGACAACUGUGCCCGGAGCUGGACCACUUCGUCGUCUUCUCGUCCUCGUCUUGCGGGCGCGGCAACGCCGGCCAGACAAACUACGGCUACGCUAACUCCGUCAUGGAACGAAUCUGCGAGCGCCGCGUCGCUGACGGACUUCCCGGGUUGGCCAUUCAGUGGGGCGCCUUUGGCGAUGUCGGAUUUGUCAGCGACACCACGUGGGACGAAGCGGCGUUCGGUGGCACCACGCCGCAAGAUAUAAGGUCUUGCUUGGCGGUGAUGGACCAGUUCCUGAGCCACAGACACCCGGUGGUCUGCAGCUUGGUGAGAGCGGACCAGUCCCAGAAGUUGGACGGCGAUGUAAAGCAGGACCUCUUGCAUUCUGUUGCGCGCAUACUCGGCGUCAAGGAUACGUCGAGCCUGAACCCGAACAUCAGCCUCGGUGAGCUGGCCAUCGACUCCCUGAUGAGUGUCGAGGUGAAGCAGACUUUGGAGCAGGAUUACGACCUGACUCUGUCCACGCAAAAGAUUCGGCAACUCACAAUCGCCCAAAUUCGAGGUAUCAGCGAAGGCAGCAGAGACGCUUCAUUCGCGCGUGCAUCACCUGGUGGGGCAGAAGGCGCCGGAGGUGGCUGA